CUAAUCCCUCUCUCUCUCUCUCUUCACAAGAUCUACUCUCUCUCUCUCUAACCUAAAACCCCCCUCUCUUCCUUAUCUAUCUCAUGGAUCUGAGAAUCUCUAUCUUCCUCUCUCAAUCCCACCGGCAUUGGCCCCUCCGGAUUAGGUUUUCAUGAUCUCAUGCUCUCCAAACGCUCCUCUGUCGUCGCCAUGCCUGCAUUCGCGCCAGGGACGGAAGGUAAUGAACAAUUCCGCCAAGAGCAGGAGGGCAUUUCCAGAAAUCCCACCGACUUUCGCUGUAAACCCGUCGCCGUCUCCCUCGGUCUCCGUCUCUGCUUCUGAAGAUGGUGUAUGACAAGCACUGCUGUCGGUGAGAGAAAAUGCGGAUGCCGUUUCAGCUGCUGCUGCUGCUUCCUUAUCUCCUUGACUCCAUUUCAUCUUCUCACGGAGCUGCUUCUCAUUCACUCCAGUCAUAUUUACUCUUGAAAGCAACACUGAUGCAAACCUCAAGCAGACACCCUUUUUUACUAUCCAGAAAUCAAGCAAGGUCAAUUCCAAUGAGUCCAAUGCUUACUCCUACAGAACCACCUGAAAUGUGGAAACUUGUGCCUUCUUCGGGACCGUCGCCUGCACCCGCUAUUUCUUCUAAACAUCGAGGUCAUGCUCAGAGUCCGAGAAGUACCAUAUCAAAACAUCACAGGAGGAGACACCAUGCAGUCCCACCAACCUCAUUUACCCCUUCACCUGGCCAAGAUUGCGAUCAAAUCAGUUGUUCGGAUCCACUUACAUCGACUCCGAUUGGUUCACCUUGUGGUUGUGUAUUCCCCAUGCAAGUUGAACUUCACCUUGGGGUAGCUCCCUAUGCUGUCUUUCCUCAAGUCCCAGAGCUAGAAAUUGAGAUUGCCGCAGGCACAUAUCUGAAACAAAGUCAAGUGAGGAUAAUGGGUGCUGGCGCUGAUAGCCAAGAUCAGGGGAAAACAAUAGUGAACAUUGACUUGGUGCCAUUGGGCGAGAAGUUUGAUAAUACAACAGCAUUGCUAACUUAUGAGAGAUUUUGGCAGAAGAAGGUGCCAAUCAAUAUGACCAUGUUUGGUGAUUAUGAAGUGAUAUAUGUCCAUUAUCCUGGUCUUCCUUCCUCACCGCCGGGGUCUUCUGGGAUUGGUCCCAGUGGAAUUAGUUCCACAAGAGGUCAGGAACGCCCUUUCAUGGCAAAUGUGCUAAGCAAGGCUCAGAAAACGAAGGCUAGAACAGUAGCUAUUAUUGUCCUAUCUUCUUUCGUUCUCUUCUUGAUGUGCAUUGGAUCAUUCUGUAUCCUUUUAAGAUGCAAGAAACUUGGGAGACCAUCUACUGCUGUUGGUCCUGCACAUACUUCAUCGAUUACUAAAAGAUCUGGCAUCAAGUCCACUUUAUCGAGUAGUGUUGGUAGCUCGACAUUAUCCCUCAGUUCCACCAUGGCUACUUGCAUACUCUCAGUGAAGACGUUUUCGCUGGCAGAGCUUGAGAAGGCCACAGAUAAGUUCAGUUCCAAGAAGAUUUUAGGUGAAGGUGGCUUUGGACGUGUCUAUCAUGGGGAAAUGGAAGAUGGAAGUGAAGUAGCUGUUAAGUUGCUCACGAGGGAGGAUCAGAAUGGAGAUCGUGAGUUUAUUGCAGAAGUUGAGAUGCUUAGCCGUUUGCAUCAUCGUAACCUUGUCAAACUCAUCGGUAUAUGCAUUGAAGAACGCACGCGCUGCUUGGUUUAUGAGGUUGUCCGAAAUGGAAGUGUCGAGUCCCACUUGCAUGGUCCUGACAAGAGAAGGGGGUCACUUGACUGGGAUGCUCGGAUGAAGAUUGCCCUUGGUGCAGCAAGAGGACUUGCAUAUCUUCAUGAGGAUUCCAACCCUCGUGUCAUACACCGUGAUUUUAAGGCCAGUAACAUCCUAUUGGAAGAUGAUUUUACCCCUAAGGUUUCAGAUUUCGGUUUGGCAAGGGAAGCAUCAGAAGGAAGCCAGCAUAUUUCCACUCGGGUGAUGGGAACAUUUGGGUAUGUUGCUCCUGAAUAUGCAAUGACAGGUCAUCUACUUGUCAAGAGUGACGUUUACAGUUACGGGGUUGUAUUGCUAGAGCUUUUAUCAGGGAGGAAGCCUGUCGACAUGUCUCAACCUCAGGGACAAGAGAACCUCGUGACGUGGGCGCGGCCACUUCUGACUAGCAGAGAAGGGCUUGAGCAGCUGGUGGACCCAUCCUUGUGUGCAGACUACAACUUCGACAACAUGGCAAAGGUGGCUGCCAUUGCAUCAAUGUGUGUCCAUCCAGAGGUGACUCAGAGACCUUUCAUGGGCGAAGUCGUACAGGCGCUCAAGCUUGUAUACAACGAUGCCGAUGAGACUUGCAAGGACUGCCAGAGUCAGAAAGAGGAAUUGUCCAGUCCCGACUGUGACCUUAAGGGCGAUCUUGGCCAUGGCAGCAGUUGGUGGAAUGGGGGGACCCCACGUUUGACUUAUGGGUACGCCUCAUCCUUUGUAACAAUGGAUUACAGCUCAGGCCCACUGGAUGAAAUAAUAGACAGGCCGGCUUCAGCAUCGACUAUAGUUGGGGGUGGGGGAUCAUUAACAAGGUACAACAGAUCUGGUCCCCUACGGACCAUGCGCAGCAAGCUGGCCUUUUACCGAUUGAGAGGGAGUAUGAGCGAGCACGGGUUCCUUUCGAGGCGGCGCGCGGGCUUUGAUGGCUACUGGGUUUGAGGUUCCGUUCCAAUUUAUUUCAAUUGUACAGCUUCAAGGGAUCUCUGAUGUGCUUGCUUCAUCAUGUAUUGUAGUAGUUGCAUUGUUGUGGGUGUUGUCUCCCUGUAGUGAUGUAGAAGGGAAGGGAAAAAAGGAGUGGGCCAUGGCUUCUAAUUUUGGAAAAGCUUGAUUCAUUCUUAUACGCUGGUGAUGUAAUCUGGACACUUGUAUUAUAGGUGCCGAGUUCUUUCUUGGAGUUUGGUGCUAAAUACAGGUGACACUUCUAUUCCAGUGCCUGGUUGUGUA